AUGCCUCUACCGGACGCAGACUUGCACCCCGUAGCGACCGGCCUCGCGAAGGAGACAGUCGAUCGCCACUCCUCCCCGCAGCCCCUAAAACUCUAUGCGGGCUGGUUCUGCCCCUUCGUCCAACGCGUCUGGCUCGCCCUCGAAGAAAGGGGCAUCCCCUACCAAUACGUCGAGGUGAACCCCUACCACAAAGGCGCGGAUCUCAUCAGUGCCAAUCCCCGAGGCCUGGUGCCAACACUAGUAGUCGCGCCUAAAAAGGCGCUUUACGAGAGCACGGUGCUGCUCGAGUAUCUCGAGGACAAGUACCCGGACCACAAACCUCGUCUCCUGCCCGAGGACGAAUUCGAGAGGGCGAGGGCAAGAAUCUGGACUGAUUUCGUGACAAGUAGGGUCAUGCCGGCUUUUUACCGGUUCCUGCAGUUCCAGCCGGGGCAGUUUGAAGAUGGGGAGGCGAGGUUGGAUAACUUGAGGGGGGAGUAUAGGGGCAAGCUGCUUGAGUAUGCUAAGGAGCUGGAUGAGGAGGGUCCGUAUUUUGGGGGAAAGGAGGUUGGGUUCGUGGAUCUGGUUUUAAUACCGUGGGUUUUGAGGCAUUGGGUGUUCGAUCGGUUUAAAGGAGGGGUGGGAAUACCUGCACCUGGCCAAGGGGGUGAUGAUGAGAAGGUCUGGGUUAGGUGGCGGAAGUGGGUUGAGGCUCUGGAGGGGAGGGAAAGUAUUAAGAACACGACGAGCGAGGAGCAGUAUUAUGUACCCAUCUACAAGACAUAUGCAGAUGAUGUUGCUCAAAGCGAGUUGGCGAAGGCUACCAGGGAGGGAAGAGGGGUUCCUUAA